AUGGGUGGCGAGGAUAAGAUAUCCGAAGCCGAGCCACAACAAUAUCAACAACAACAACAACAACAACAACAACAACAACAACAACAACAACAACAACAACAACAACAACAACAACAACAACAACAAAAAUAUCAUCAUCAUCGGCAACCACAGCUGGUGGAACAACAACUACAGUAUCAAGAAGCAGAAAAGUCGCAUCAGCUAGAUUUGAAUGUAGCCGAUCAUGAUCACAACCAUGUGCAGCAAAAUUCAGGCAAUUUGAAUAAUGAGGAUGACCUCGAUCUUGAAAGUGCGAUAGCCAAUGCACUUGAUGGAAUAUUUGGUCAGGCUCCAGAAUUAUCGCAUAAUCAAGAGCCUAUUCAAACAAGUCAAGAAAAUAAGGAUGAAACAGAUUUGCAGGUGACGGAGAAAGGACUGUUGCCAGAUAGUUCUACCGAGAUGGCAAUUGUCUCACCAAAAACUGCUCAAGCAUCGUUGCAAUCAAAAAGCGAUAGUAAAUCAUCUGAACUGGUGCCGUAUUCUGAAAAUGCCGACACUGGUCGACCGCAUUUUACCAAUACCGGACAAACUCAAGAUGAACAUGAAGAUUUUGAUGACGAGCUUGAAAAUGCAAUUGGCUCUGCUUUUAGCGGGUUGUUUGAUAAUGUCAAACUUCAAAAUCCUCCACCCACUGAAUCAACAUCACAAACUAAUACUAUACAAGACCCAAACAUGAACUUUCAAGAAGAAUCUGCUGUACCUAGUUUCUCAAAUUCUGAAACAAAAUCGACUACUGCGGCUUAUAUUUUUGAAAAUGACAAGAAUCUGGUAAAGAAACCACGAAAUAGUGUUGUUGAAACUAUCAAUGACUCUUACGGUAAUUUGAAGCAGGCUUCAAAUGGUUAUAGUGGCGAACGUGGUGCCGAUGCUGAUAAUACAAACCAUAAUGAAAAUAAUAAUAACAAUAAUAGUCAUGAUAAUCAUAUUAUUAUCAAUCAUACUAAUAAUAAUAAUAAUAAUGAUGAUGAUGAAGAUGAUGAUGAUGACUUGGAGAAUGUCAUUGGAUCAGCUUUGAGUCUGGUGUUCGGCAUCCGAGAACUUUCAAAACCAUCUAGUACUUCUCUGGAAAAGACGAGAGUUGACACCAAUGAAACUAAUAACAUCUUGACCCAAAACAUUUCCGCCCCCGAAACCGAAACUGCCUCGAAACCACUUGAAUCUACUGGAAAUCAGAAUGGUGCUAAUGCCUAUAAUGUUGACGAUGACGAACUUGAUCUUGAUGCAGCUAUAGGAGAUGCUUUCAAACUGAUCUUACCUUCACGAUCAAUCGAUACUGUACCCGUCGAUACAAAGAGCAGUGGACAAUUAAUUGAACCUGUUAAUGCGCAGUCCACACAGUCAGUCCAACACGCAUACUCAACUACUUCAGAUAACCACUCAAUGCUACAUCAAAACCUGACAAUAGGUGACAAAGUAAAUGAUGAAGAUUUGGAUCAAGUAAUUGCUCAAUCAAUUCAAGAGGCACUUAAGGCCAAACGAAGUACUGACAUUAAUACCGAAGAUAUGGAGUUGGCUAUUUCGAGUGCGUUUGAAUUUGCAUUAAAGAAUGCCCAAGCACCUGCUUCCGCAACUGACCGUGCUCCAACUUCAGCCGGUUCAUCUAGCCGUGUGGAAUAUUUGCCUACGAAACUGUCUACACCUUCGCUCUAUGAUCAACAAUCUCAACAGACCAAUGUUUCUGUUGGUAGGAAUGCUGAGAUCCAGGAAAGCGGAUCACCAGUUCAAGUGAGACAAGGACUCUCCCCAUCUCAUGUCAGUCAACCUGCACAUGCUUCUGAUCCAACUCAAACCCCUACAUCCUUAACAAAUCAGAUUGUGGGCUCCGUCAAAGAGGGUACAGACUUGGAGCUGCUACAAAUUGGAGAAAUAAUUAAAAGUAGUAUAGGUGACAUGGCAAAAGGAGGUUCAAAUAAACCGUUGCUGACAUCUUUGAACAACUUGAAAGCGAACGAGGCAAAUUCUGCUCUCAUUGAUACUCCUAAACAUCAACAAGUGCUUAAACCAAGUACCUUUGUUCCGACUGAAUUAAAACAGACUUUUCCGCUCGACUCGUCACAGAGAGUUUCAAAUAAGAAACAAAUCAAUUCUACAGAACUGCAACAACAACAACAACAACAACAAGAACAACAAGAACAACAACAGAAUCAGAAGCAGCAAGAAAGGCAUCAUCAGUCUCAACGCCCACCGCUAAAGGAGAUUACACGUCCAACUAUUUCCGAUGUCACUAAAAAAUCACUUUUUUCCAAUGCAGACGUGAAAUUGCAAAUUUCAUCUGUAAUGGAGACUUUGACCUCAAAAAUCAAUAGUGGGGAGCUCACUGACUCUGAAAUUCUUCUUGCAAUUCGACAAGUAACUGAAGAGAUAGCCGCUGGCGGUUCACUCUCACAAUUUUUUAAAAGUCCCAUGACAAUUGAAACUUUCAAGAAAAAUUGCACACCGCUUGAAAAAAGUACCAUUAAUAAAUCUAUACAAUUAGCUUGCGCCUUUUUGAGCAAAAGCCUGGAGGGUGAACCAGUCCAAGAUAAGGCUGAGACAUUAUUGUAUAAUUUCCAACGGAAACUUAGUGACUCUCCUACCUCCACUUUUAUUGCGCCCCAGCAAGAAUUGUCAGAAGAAAAAAUUGAGUACCUAUCAGUUAUCUGCAAUUCUGUAUUGAACACGUUGGUUGGGGGGUUUCCAUCGUCCGUUUGUACUGCGGAUAUCAUUGCAGUGAUUGAUACGUUUCGUUCAAAUUCUCCUGACGCUCGAAAACGAACACGUAUGGGUAAUAGGGAACGGAAAAAGCGAUGGAGAGAAGAGAAUGCCGAGAGAAAUAAGGACAAUGAGUUGAAAAUGAGGGUUGUGAAAAAGGCAAAUGCCAAAUAUGGUUCUGAAGACAGUAGGGAAAAGCUCGCUUGGAUUGAAGAAGAGUUUUCAAAGAGAAAAGCGAGACGUCUGGUUAAGCCUCUCAACGAAGAAAACAAAGUCGAAGCUAGUCUAGACCCGGAAGCAUCUGCUACAACUAUCAAGAAAGAGAAUGAAAAAACAGCAACUACAACUACAACUACAACUACUCCAACAACAAUGAAAGAUUCUUUUUCCUCUUCUUCACCAUCAUCUUCCGCAUCUGCAAAAUUUAAUUUUUCCAACGAAAAGGCUUUAUCAAAAACCAUUGGUGAUGUCUUCAGCCUUUUAUUCAAAGAUGCUGAGGGAAAGAAAACUUCAGCUCACUUUAUUGCUAUAUCGGCGUUGAUUGCAUCCAUAUCGUUGGUUUCUGUCGAUUCUGCAGAACAAAAUCAAGAUACUAUAAAUGAGGUUGUGACUAACAUUGUAAAAAGUUUAUUGGAUCGAACCUAUAAUGGAUUCAACUUGCUCACAAAGAGUUCCAACACUGAAAACUUGUUGCUGGCCAACAAGAAACGGAGCCAUAUUACCGAUAUUUCCCCAUCCAAUAAAAUGGUAAAGAUAAACGCAAAUGAAGGUCAAACUUUACAGAGACCUGUGAAUACCAAAACCACGACCCCUUCCUCUAUUCUAAUUAACUCCAAUUUCAAUUCUAACCACAUCAGUAACCCCAGAAUCCCCAAUGUCAGCUCGCACAUGAUCAAACUUAGCAGGCCAUCCUUUUCUGAUGUACAAAAAUCAAAACCAAGCUUACAUGUACCAACUAUUUCCCCAUUUAUUUCUCAUAAGGUUUCAACGACAUCUGGGGUUUCGGGCGCGGGUGCAGGUGCGGGUGUGGGUGUGGCAGCGACAUCGACAGGGGCAACGACGACAACGACUCGUAUUAAUGGUCAUUAUACUUUAAAUAAGCCUAAGGCUUUCAAGCCCUUAGCUUUUAAGAGACCACAAAGUGAGAGAACUAAGUCACCAGGAUUGUAUACUUCAUCUAUUUAA